UUUGGUUUUUAAAUUUUUUCUGGCAACAUUUUUUGAAACAAAAUUUUACAUAGCAAUUUGGUUUUCCAGCGCCUUCACAGCCCAAAAGCAAGAACGAUGAAUCUGGUGCGCAUUAUGCGUGUGCUAGUCCAUGAAUUUUUCUAUCAACACUAUCCGUUUAUCUCAGUACUGUGUAGCUUAGUGGCCUUGGCCACUGCCUAUCUGCACUAUGAAUGGAAGGUGCAUAAUUACGAUUUAAUGUCCUGGAAGCGGCUAAGCGAGGCCUGUUGCUCCGCCACAGAUGUGGAUUAUUUUCAGCUCUGUGUGCUGCUUGCCAUUUUGCUGAUCAAUGUACUGUUUGUCAGCCUGAUUGUGGCCACUUAUCUGCAUCCGUUAGGGCCACGUGACACGGAGUUAACGUUGCUCGAGAUUAAAGAUCGUUAUGCACGUUUUAUACUGUUGCGACUUAUAGCACGAUUAGAUCGUAUACAAAGCAAGCUGUCUGCCAAACGUAAGUCGCUGAGUUUGCAUCAUUAUACGCGUGCUCACAAUAGCAUGGUCAAGGCGGUGGCUGUGUUUCGCAAGGAUGCGCGCAAGCUGCUCUUGCCCAAUGAAUCGGAAAUUAUGCAACCCAUUGAGGAUAUUUACGGUGUGGCUGACGAUGAGGAGCGCGCGCUGCGGCGUGAGGGCUACUUUAAGCUGCCUAUCGAUACUACAGAUGCAACCGUCAAGAGCUUGUUUGCUGCCGCAAAGUGAAGCCAUGCGAUAACGAUAACUUUAAUGGAGAUAAUUUACAAUAAAUGCAGCACAUGCAACAUA